CGGGCAGUCCGCCACGCGCCCCGCGCCGGCCGCACGUGUAGCCAUGCGCCCGCCGCGCGCGCCGCGCCGCCCGGUGUGCCGCCCGCACGCCCACCGCCACAACCUAAACAACAUUAUAACAGUGAAACUCACAAGUUUUCAGUGAUAUCGAUUGAACUUUACGCCGACGAGAUCGAUAAUUGUUGGUGGCAGAUAACAUUAGAGAAUGGCGUCACCGGGGCGCGCGUAGUGUGAGUGAGUGCGAGUGUGCGGCGAUGUGGCGGGCGCGCGCGUAGCCUGCGCGGCAUGGAGGAGGACGAGAGGAGGCUCUCGUUCCCGCCGCCGGCGCCGCUCAACUCGCCGGGGGAGGAGAUCGAUGGCUCGCGGCUGCUGGGCGAGAUCGUGCGCACGCUCGAGGCCACCAACCCCGAGGCGGCCGCGCCGCUGGUGGCCUCGCAGUCCCGGGAUGCGCUGCACGUGGAGGGCGAGAAGCCGCGCCGGGAUGAGCUGCGGAUCCCGCUGGAGGGCGUCACGUUCGCGAACGAGAGCUGCGCGGGCGGCGGCGAGCGCGACGGGCCGCGCGCCGCCGUCACGCCGUUCACGCGCGAGUCGGCGCGGCGCGCGGGCUCCCGCGGCGCGCAGCUGGUGCGCGAGUUCGGCUUCAUGCCGCGCCGCCGCCUCAGCGUGGAGGACGGCGCGCGUCUGCCGCGCAAGUACGAGCCCUUCCCUCCCAAGCUCUACGGACGACCGCUCGAGGAGAUCGACAACUUCAUUUACGAUGAGACUUUCUGCGUGGUAUCAAAACGGUUUCGCAAGAACUACAUCCAUCGCUUCACGGCCACCAGAUCUCUAUUCUGGUACUCGCCGUGGUCUCCCGUGCGGAGGGCCUGCGUCUACCUGUCUACGAACCAGUACUUCGAUUACUUCGUCAUGGCUACUAUCCUGCUCAACUGUGUCUUCCUUGCCAUGUCGGAGACUAUCGAAGAGGCUGAGUACAUUUUCCUGGCGAUCUACACGGCGGAAAUGAUAAUUAAGUGCAUAGCUAAGGGCUUCAUAUUAAAUAAGUACACAUACCUACGGAAUCCGUGGAACUGGCUGGAUUUCGUGGUCAUCACAUCAGGGUACGCCACUAUCGGCAUGGAGGUGGGCAACCUCGCUGGUCUGCGGACCUUCAGGGUGCUGAGAGCUUUGAAGACUGUUUCUAUAAUGCCGGGUCUAAAAACCAUUAUCAACGCGCUACUACACUCCUUCAAGCAGCUGGCAGAAGUAAUGACGCUGACCAUCUUCUGUCUCAUGGUGUUCGCUCUCUUCGCGCUACAAGUCUAUAUGGGGGAGUUGAGGAACAAGUGCGUGAGGAACCUCGUCGUGCCCCCGGGGGAAAACUUUACCGAUGAGGCGUGGUCUGCGUGGAUCCAAGAGCCAUCGAACUGGAUGGUCAACGCAGAUGAGGUGCCCAUCAUCUGCGGUAACCUGACGGGGGCCCGGCACUGUCCACCAGAAUGGACCUGCCUCUGCGUAGGACCAAACCCUAACCAUGGGUACACGAACUUCGACAACUUCCUGUGGUCCAUGCUCACCACAUUCCAGCUGAUCACCCUGGACUACUGGGAGAAUGUAUAUAAUAUGGUGCUGUCAUCAUGCGGGCCGAUGUCAGUGUCAUUCUUCACGGUGGUGGUGUUCUUCGGGUCGUUCUACCUCAUCAACCUGAUGCUUGCCGUCGUCGCGCUCAGCUAUGAAGAGGAGUCGCAGAUCACGCAAGAGGAAAGGAAGAAAGACCUGAACGAGCAUCGAGACGACUCCACGUUCAGCUUCGACCCCACGUCGCUGGCGGUGCGAACUCUCGCCAAGGACUCGAAGAAGCGGAUAGACGCUCGCAAAGGCCUCCUACUGGCCUCAUAUUCAAGGAAGAGGACGAGGAGACGUAAGCGCGGGAGGAGUGCUAUUCAUCAUGCUGCGGCGGUGGCUGCUGUGGCUGACGACGUGAAUCGGCGGUCGCGCUCUCGGUCCGUGACCCCGAGCGCAUCGCCGCCCCCCCUGCCCGCGCCUCAACCCCCGCCGCCGCCGCACACGUUGCACCCGGAUAAUGCCUUAGGUCGAGGAGCACUUAGUGCAGCAGGUCGCCAAUUAAGUGACCACAGCAACAACAGGGAAUCGUCACUCGACGACUCAGGAGUGGUGGAUGAUCACGACGAUGGAGAGCAUACUUCUGACGAUCAGGCACCACACCCACAUCCUAGAAGGCAUCUUCUAAUACCGCAGUUACCGGCACCGCCAAACCACCCACCGACGCCAAUGCCGAUGCCUAAUGUGCAAAUGCCGAUGCCGAUGCAAACGCCGAUGCAAAUGCAGAUGCCGAUGCCGAUGCAUCUUCAGAUGCCGAUGCCAUUGCCAACACCGAUGCCGACACCUAUGCCGAUGCCUAUGCCCCAGAUUCAACAGGUUACGCAAGACAGUCAAACGCAAGAUUCAAAACAUAAACAUCAAACAAAAAUCGAAAAGUCUGCAGCAAAACCAAAAAAGCCAGCGAAAAACAUUCAGGACAAGUAUCCUCUGAACCCUGAUUACCUCAACCAGAUCGUGGUGCUAGGGGCGGACUGGCCAUACAAGCGCGCGCCCGACCUCCCGCAAGCGGAGACGACGAAAAUUAAUGAGCUCAGUUUAUUGGCAGCCACGCACAAAACUCAUAUGGGCAAUUACGAGCAAAAUUGCACUUACUUCACAGAUGAGCUGGUGGAUAGAAACUGUGAGUGCUGCGUGUCUUGCUGUAUAGACUAUGAGGGGUGGCUGCAGUUCCAGAACUGUUUGUAUGGGAUUGUGAAGGAUCCCCUGUUCGAGUUGUUCAUUACAACUUGCAUUGUUCUCAAUACACUGUUCCUCGCGCUAGAGCAUCAUGGAAUGAGUGAGAACGUUAGAUCGGCCUUAGAUAUAGGAAAUAAGGUGUUCACGUCGAUAUUUACAUUAGAAUGUAUAAUGAAAGUGAUGGCAAUGAGCAAAGACUUCUUUGCGUGUGGUUGGAAUAUAUUCGACUUGAUUAUAGUGUCGGCAAGCCUUCUAGAUCUUAUAUUUGAGCUCGUUGAUGGCCUAUCUGUGUUGCGAGGUCUUCGUUUGUUACGAGUGUUAAAAUUAGCUCAAUCAUGGACUACAAUGAAAGUGUUGUUGAGUAUUAUAAUAUCCACGAUCGGUGCUCUUGGUAAUUUGACGUUCGUGUUAGUGAUAGUUAUAUACAUAUUUGCUGUGAUCGGUAUGCAGCUCUUCUCAAAGUCUUAUACGCCGGAUAAGUUCGACCCGGAUCCAGUUCCCAGGUGGAACUUCAACGACUUCUUCCACUCGUUUAUGAUGAUCUUCCGAAUCCUUUGCGGCGAGUGGAUCGAGCCUCUAUGGGACUGCAUGAGAGCUGAACAAGAAACCGGGGCAGAGAGUUGCUUCUUCAUAUUCUUGCCUGCUCUGGUCAUGGGCAACUUUAUGGUCCUCAACCUCUUCCUUGCCUUGCUGCUCAACAGCUUCAAUAGUGAGGAACUUAAGAAUAAGAAGGAGGAAGUAGGCGAAGAUUCAAAAUUAGCUAAAAGUUUCGAUAGGAUACGUUCAAUAGUAAGAAAAAAAGGUUUCCUUAUAUCGAGAAGUAAAGAGACUGACAAAAAAUCUAAAUUAGAAGAGCUAGUUAACGAAUUUAUGACCCAACAACGUACCAUGAAGGAGAAAAAGACGUCGAUACCGAGCGAGCAGAGGUACUCCGCGUCGAUACAAGAGACCAUUCUGUUCCCGCACGACAAUAUUUAUAGUCAUAGUUAUCAAGAGGCUUUAAAUAGGCCAAUAUCAGUGGGCUCCGAUUUUGCCUACCCGCAACUUUACCAAGCGGCCAACAACUUUAACCAUGGCAGUCAAGAAACUUUAAAAGACGUGCGUGACUUGGCAGCAGAACACAAAAUAACUAGCAUUAGGGAAGACUCUAAAGAAAAUCUUGAAGACACGUCGCCAACCGAGCAAGUUGCCGCUCAGAAAUUGUUGAACCAGAUGUCUUCGGGCUAUCACACACAGCCCUCGGAUUCGAGAGACGAAAAUGAACAUUAUGAAAUGGCACAGUUGUCGAGUAAAACAACGCCAGAGAAAUCCAAGUGGCAACCCAGGGAAAUACCGACUAACAACUUAAGUAAGGAACCGGUCAAAGGAACAAAUGACGAAGAAAUGAAGCGUCCGUGGCAAACUUUAGUCUCAUAUGUAGAUGAAUUAACCGUAGGUGGGAGAAAAAACUCACAGGGUCAAUAUAUUGAUGCGAUGGGAAACUUCCCCGGAUUUGGGAAACAGAAAGAGCCGAAAGUACCCGAGAACUGUUUUCCUCGGCAAUGUUACGAUGCGAGUUCUUGUUGGGAUGCAUGUAUUCAGACCAACUUGGGUCAACGUUGGAUGUUCCUCCGAACCUACAUCCUGCGGUAUGUAGACACUCCAGCCUUCGAGUGGUUCGUAUUGGUGCUCAUCUUUGCGUCGAGCAUCACGCUCUGCUUCGAAGACAUCCACCUCGAGAAAAACAAGCCCUUGAAGAAAAUACUGUACUGGACCAACUUGGGGUUCUGCAUGAUCUUCAUCAUCGAGAUGUUUCUCAAGUGGAUAGCGUUGGGGUUCUUCAGAUACUUCACUAGUUUCUGGACGCUAUUAGACUUUACUAUAGUAUUUGUUUCAGUAUUCAGUUUGUUGAUAGAAGAAAAUGAGAACUUAAAAGUGUUGAGAUCUUUAAGGACUUUACGUGCAUUGAGGCCGUUGCGAGCGAUAUCGCGGUGGCAGGGGAUGCGUAUCGUGGUGAACGCUCUAAUGUAUGCGAUACCUAGCAUCUUCAACGUGUUGUUAGUGUGUUUAGUGUUUUGGUUAAUAUUUUCUAUCAUGGGAGUACAGUUUUUUGGCGGGAAGUUUUAUAAGUGCGUCGACGAUGAAGGAGAAUUGUUACCGUUAGAGAUAGUGAAUGAUAAAUGGGAAUGUUAUUAUAAUAAUUUCACUUGGAUAAAUUCUAAGAUAUCUUUCGACCACGUGGGGAUAGCCUACUUGGCGUUAUUUCAAGUGGCCACGUUUGAAGGCUGGAUGGAAGUGAUGGCUGACGCAGUGGACGCGCGAGGUGUAGACCUGCAGCCGGCGAGAGAAGCCAACAUUUACGCGUAUAUUUAUUUCGUCAUCUUCAUCGUAUGCGGUUCAUUCUUCACCCUUAAUCUGUUCAUAGGAGUAAUCAUAGAUAAUUUUAAUAUGCUCAAGAAGAAGUAUGAAGGCGGAGUUUUAGAAAUGUUCCUUACUGAAAGUCAGAAGCAUUACUAUACAGCAAUGAAGAAACUCGGUAGAAAGAAGCCCCAGAAAGUUAUAAAAAGGCCGAGGAAUCAAUUCUUAGCAAUGUUUUACGAUCUCUCGAAUUCCCGAAGAUUUGAGAUCGCUAUUUUCGUUUUAAUAUUUCUAAAUAUGCUCACUAUGGGCAUAGAACAUUACGAUCAACCGCAUUCUGUUUUCUUUAUAUUAGAAGUUAGUAAUGCGUUUUUCACGACUGUAUUUGGUUUAGAAGCAAUAGUAAAAAUAGUAGGUCUUCGGUACCACUACUUCACGGUGCCGUGGAACGUGUUCGACUUCCUGCUGGUGCUGGCAUCGAUCCUGGGCAUCUUGAUGGAAGACAUCAUGAUCGACCUGCCUAUAUCGCCCACCUUGCUCAGGGUCGUCCGGGUGUUCCGUAUAGGGAGAAUUUUAAGACUGAUUAAAGCCGCUAAGGGCAUAAGAAAACUGCUGUUCGCGCUAGUAGUGUCGUUACCCGCGCUGUUCAACAUCGGCGCGUUGUUAGCGCUCAUCACCUUCAUCUACGCCAUCAUCGGCAUGUCGGUGUUCGGCCACGUGAAGGAGCAAGGCGCUCUCAAUGAUAUCGUCAACUUCCAGACCUUUGGAAGAAGCAUGCAGUUGCUUUUUCGUUUAAUGACAUCAGCAGGCUGGAACGACGUAUUAGAAUCCCUUAUGAUCCAGCCUCCAGAAUGCGAGUUGGGCGAGCACCCUGGGCAAAACGGCAACUGUGGGAGCCCACUGCUGGCCAUCACGUACUUCACCUCGUUCAUCAUCAUCAGCUACAUGAUCGUCAUCAACAUGUACAUAGCCAUCAUUCUGGAGAACUUCAACCAAGCUCACCAGGAGGAAGAGAUCGGUAUUGUUGAAGAUGAUCUCGAAAUGUUCUAUAUACGGUGGUCCAAGUACGACCCCCACGCAACGCAGUUCAUAAGUUUCGCUCAACUAUCAGACUUCAUAGCUUCCUUAGACCCUCCGCUAGGCAUCUCGAAACCAAAUACAGUGGCUUUAGUCAGUUUUAAUCUGCCAAUCGCGAAAGGCAAUAAGAUUCAUUGUUUAGAUAUACUCCAUGCUCUGGUCAAACAUGUGUUGGGGCAUGUUGAAGAGACGGACACGUUUAGGCAGCUUCAGGAACAAAUGGAUAUUAAGUUCAAGAAGCAGUUCCCCACGAGGAAAGAGCUGGAGAUCGUUUCCUCAACUAGGAUAUGGAAGAGGGAGGAUAAGGCAGCCCGCACCGUACAGCGGGCGUGGAGAGAAUAUGUCAAACGAAAAAACCGCAGCCCCUCUCAAGAAGAAGAAAGCACAAAAUGGUCUCCGGGCGGCGGUUGGGGAGGCCGCCUCAGUGCGCUGCUGCACGUGCGGCGCGGCUCGCACGCCUCCAGUCGCAAGUCGUCCCGUGCGUCCGACGCGUCCGACAUCAGCGAGUUAGGCGGUGCAUGGCUUAACUUGCCGCUGCUGCUGCUGCCGGGAGCCGCGCCCGGAGAACAGCCGAGUGGUUCUGAAUCGGCGCCGCCUCGAAGGCGGUCGGCAUACGGGCUACCGAUCUUCCUGCGGCAUCAGGACGCCAUGGACGAAGAAACCGGCCCGAAACGAGCAGGUUCCCUUCGGCUGAGCUCGCGGCGCAGCUCCAUGCGGCGCGUGACGCCACCCGCGCGCGCGCGCACGCCCUCGCCGCACGCCAACAGCGAGGUCAGCAUCCUCGUCACCGAGGCCUCGCCCGACGCCGCGCCGCCGCCCGCCCCGCCCGCACCCCCGCCGCCGCCGCACACGCUGGUGCGCGUGCUGGUGCACCGCGAGUCGGACGAGCGCCCCAGCUGAUCUCCGACUCCCCCGGACGUUCCGCUAGAGAGCGAUCCCGACUGACUCUUCAACCGGCACAGUCCGGCGAAUAAUUGUGAUUUUUAAAUUUAACUAGCCCCGUUCGCGGUCGUCAUUAUGGUGGAUAAGUUGAGAUAGAUGAACCCGUUCCUUCACAUCCACCGGUAAACGUUAGAGCACGAGAGAUUUAAUUUUGUUAUUUACCGGUGGGAAUCGAAAUGAGCGCAUUUAUCUCAACACUUAUUAUAAUAGAUAGUUAAAUACAGUAAUAACCGGGAACUUCCAGACACGUUGCAAUAACGUUUUCAUUAGUAUCUCGUCGAAUUCAUAAGCUUUACGAUACAGAACCGCGCAGGAUCGCGCCACGCAAGUUGCAUUACACGCUGAUAGGUAACAUUCGUUUGUAGACGCUUCGAUAGAAUAAUGUUGCUGAAUCCGUUAUUUUGGAUUGUAGACAACUAGGAAGUAACACGAAAAAAUUUUAAGCUAGCAUUACAAAUUUUUUAAACCGAUUAUCAAGUCAGGUUCCUAAAUAUACCAGAAAGUCCAAAACUAGAUGACUUGAUUAUUUAUCAUCAAUGCCAAGGAACCCUGAAAUAUUUUUAAAGAAAAAUCAAUAAACCUGCACUAAGAUUUUCAAAUUUCGUUCCUUUUUCUACGAUCCAAAGUUCGGUAAGAUGGCAGUUUUUUUUAUAAAAUUUACCUAAUAUUUAUUUAAGUAGAAUCAAGACCAGUGUCAAGUUGAAUGUAAAUCAAUUUGUUGUUGUAAAUAGUGUUGUAUAUGAGAAUGACUGAUGUCACCAUGUCGAUAGAACUAUACUGAAGCUCAUAUAAGCAGCCUGCACAACAAAUAAGCAUAGAGAUAUCGUUUGGUUUGAUGAAUACGUGAAAAUUAUGCAAUGGGCCUUAUAUACUGCCUUGGGGGACACCGUAGAUAAUAAACUGUGUUGCAGAUUGAUUAUUCAUAAUCUUUGUGUAUUUUAGGCAUUUUUUACUGUAGUAUCAUAUUAUUAUUUAUUUUCAUUGUUUAUAUCGCCUCAAGAUCCCGAGAGCCACAUUUGAUCGAUAUGAAUACAAAAUCAAAAGCUUUGUUAGAUACCAUUUUGUUAUAACUCGAUCUUUGUGCAUAUUCCUUAAGCUUAUUUGGUGUGCAGCCCCCUAAAAUGGCCGUUAUCGAUUUAGCGCCUCAGUCAAUUCAGGCAUCUAAAUUAAUAUUAACAAUUCAAGCGCCAUUAUUAUUGUUGAAGAUUUAGGUAGUUAAGUAUUAUAAAAAUUGGUUCCAAUUCCGAUAUUGAGAAUUAUUUUGUAUAUGUUGCUUUAGGUAUUAUUUGUGGAAUGCCAUGUGCAACGUGUUUUAUGUAUCUAAUUUUGUAUUAACUUAUCUUUAGUCAUUUGUUAUAUUUUUUACACAUUCUAACGCUAGUAUGUCCAUGAUCUUCAGAUUAAGUUGAAGCCAAAAAACAUGGAAUCUGCCUAUCAUUCUAUACUGUUGACGAAAAUGUUUCAUUUAAUAUUUUUAUGUAUCAUGAAAUGUACAGUCAGCAGCGAAUACUCUGAUGCCAUAUUGAAUUAUGUAGUGUGACUGAGACUUACGAGAGACUUCAGUGGCCGCUCGUUGACGUACAUACCAAUACAAUAGAGUUGGUCUCAUUAUAACCGCGUAUUUGUAUCAGCGUUGAAUGUUUCGGUUUUAGAAAAAGCUUGGCAACGUCAAAAGACUUGAAAGUAAAACAAUAACUGAAUCAUCUUAAAGUAAUUUUUAAUAGUAAUGUAGUAUACAGGGUGGAUAUUUCCAAUGACAUGAGCUAUUUAUGAAUUUGUUUCAAUAUUCGUACCAUCUGUUUAAUUUAAGAUAUUGCAAACAUAAAUCUGCCCGCAAAAUUAAUCAUGACUGUAAUAUACACUCUGUAUAUUCCUUUCUUUAGCAGUAUUGUCAGCCAGUUCUCUAUGAUGAAUAAAAAAUUGUACUACAAGUUUCAGUGAUCAGUUGAUUAGCUAGUUUUUUUUAUUCAAUAACAUGAAGUAGCAGACUAGAUGGUAGACAUUUGUUUUUCAAAUUACGUAGUAAUUUUUUACGACAAAAUAACUAUAUUCCUAAAUACUAGUCAAUAUGAUCUCGCUAGAGCUUUAAUCUUUUUGACAUGAUACUAGAUAAAUAAGUGGGGGGAUGUGUAUGAUCAAACGUUCUGACAACAAUUAUAAUAUAGAUAUGUACCUACA